CAUUCUAAACUUACAGGGUCGCGAGAGCGCGACGUCGACGAGCCGCACACGAGGAAGACGGGUCUGCCGUUUCAUUCCGCGUCCGUUUUCGUUUCGCGUCGGUGCCCCGCCAUGUCAGUCCGUCGCGCCGGUUGGGUGCUACUGUGCGCGGCGUUGGCGUUGACUCGCGCCCGCAGGAGUUCGCCGGAGCACGAGGAUGUCCAGGAGAGAAUCAGCAGCGCCAGAUGCAAGUCCAGGUGCCUCACUCUGCACAUGACUCAGCUAACCGCCGCCUUCAGACACCUCCAGAGUGACCAAGUUCUGGUUUGGUGUGAAAACCACAGACGUUGCGCUCAGUGCCUUCAGCCAUGCAGAGAACUGUGGGAAACCAGGAAGGUGCUGUCUCCAAAGUCCUGUGAGAAGCAGACAGAGUGUGUGACGAGCAGGGAAUUUCUGGCCUCUCUGAGGUCAUCUCGUCAGGGUGACUGUCCUCCGCCUCAGCGAGCCACCGGGUUCGCUGCAGCCUGCGUGGAGAGCUGCUCGUCAGACCAGCAUUGUCCCUCCCCCAGAAAGUGCUGUUCCAAUGGCUGUGGACACACUUGCCAAGCCCCAGCCAAUCUAUACAAAGGUGUUCCUCUGAAGCCCCGCAGGGAGAUGAGCUUUGUGGAGGACUCAGAGGGUCACGUGAAGGUGGCGUGGGUGUCAAAGUUCAAUGUCAGCAUGGAGCCGGUCAUUUACAUGCUUCAGUCCCGCUGGAACGUAGGCAUCCACCCCAGUGAAGACCAUGCCACGCCAUGGACUACUGUUGCCAUGACCCUUUCAGAAGAUGCGGUUCUGUCUGAUCUGAGGCCGCAGCGCUGGUACCAGUUCAGAGUAGCAGCCAUCAACAGCCAUGGCAGCAGAGGCUUCACAACACCGAGCAAACACUACAUCUCCAGUAAAGAUCCCUCACCCCCAGAACCUCCAAUAAACAUCAGAGUGAGCAACCAGACUUUAGAGAGGAUAAGUUCACAACCAGAGUCCCAGUUCACAGAAAGGACAAAGGGAAGUGGGGUCACAGUUGCAGUCUUAUUACGCUGGGAGCCCCCCAGAGAGGGAGACCUGCCAGUCCACAACUACAGAGUCACCUGGAUGUCUCGACAUACGCACGCAGUGCAUAAACACACGCGCACGCUGCAUGGGCACACUCACGCAGCUCACAACAACAUGCACAGGCGGCCUUCGCACCCACGCACACCAGAACAGGGUAAAAAGGAGAGCAACAGCAGAGUGACCCAGGGGGCGCAGUGUGAGUUGUGGCUGCAGGGUCUGCUGCCCGCCACUUCCUACUUCUUGUCUGUCCAAACAGUAGCCUUCUGGGGUCAGAAGCGGCUGAAGAGUCCAAGAGCCCAAACUGUUUUCACUACAGUAACUCAUACAGGUGAAGACUUUUCCAACGAGCUCCCGUCUUCCUCCUCCUCAUCCUCCUCAUCCCUACCCUCAUCUCCUUCCCUCUCGUCCUCCUCCCCUUCUUCCUCCGACCUCCCCCUUUCCUCCUCUCGUCCUCACCCUGUAUCCCCCCAGAAUCCUCUCCCCCCUGACAACCUGCGCCUGGAGGUCGCUGCCCCUCAUUACCAUGACAACCAGCUGCAGGUCAAGGUGUUCUGGAAGUGGCCUUACCACGGCAGACAGAGACAACCUGGUCCGUACGUUUUGCGGUGGCGUCCACAUACCUGCAGUACUAACGUUACGAGCACAGAGAGAACAACAACUGUGCAGGGCACCCAUCACACCAUCACAGGUCUGUUGUUUGCCUGUAAGUAUCAGGUCACCGUGACAACGAAGGCUGACUCCGGGUCAGAGGCUGUUGCCUGGGUUACGACCCCGACUUGCUCCUCCAUCAGGGUCAGUGGAGGCAAAGCUUUGCCCUGCAACACUGAGGAGCGCCUCCUGGCAGGCCGAAAGGUGGUCCUGCGCCCAGAACGUCUGACUGCAGAUUUUCGAGAAGUCAAUGGCACCUUGCUCACUACGUUUCGCUGGAGAAUGUCCCAGCAUGCACUGGACCCAGCGGCUGUUGAGGGGUUCCAAUUCACCUGGACGCUGCAGUCAGGGGUGACCACGGCGACGGAGGGGCAGGAAGACGCACUUGUCUCCCAGACGCACACAAUUGCACCGUCUCAGAGGAUGUUGACAGUUCAGGGUCUUCAGGCGGACAGUGUCUAUCAGCUGCAGCUCCAGGUGCUAACAGCAGGGGGCAGCAACGGCGCUGCCGUCUCCAAGACCAUACAUACUCCAGCUGUCAAUGCCACACUUUGACAGGCGCCAGACCCCAGAGCUGCCACCGACUGCUGCACCAUGGCCACCUUUACCAACAUCCACUUCUCUAGGGUUUUUUCACAGUUUGACCAUGGUUUCAUUGCAGUUCAAGAGCAGACAACUUGACCGAAGCUAUAAAAAUAAAGGAAGUUCCUCUGCCUAAAGUAGAUUUUCAUAUGAAAGGUAUUUCCUACUCUGAUAGUUUUUCUUUUACUUUAAUCACUCUUCAAAAAGCAGGAAGGCUUUAGUCUUGCUCUAAUGGAAGAAACGAUUUGCGGUCCAGUCAUUAUUCUGUCAGGUGAUCCGAAAGUUGUGGACUUAGACGAUAUUGUUUUGUAAGAUAUUCUAAAUUUACUGCACCCGUAAAUGGUGCCAGUUUAAAAAGCACUAAGUACUUACAGUUAGUCUUGGCAGUGAAACGCGUAUCCUUAAACCAUAUUUGCUCCCUUUUUUUAUUAAAACAGCAGCAUUUUCCAAACGAUUCCUCUUGGCAUUAGUAUAUAUGUGACAUGUGAAAACUGAGACUCCGCGCACGGCUGCAUCUGUACGUGUUUGGUGGGACUAAUGAAGUCUGAUCACCCGACAUCACUGGAGCCAAAGGACACUUGUGAAGAGACUUCUUAUGCCUAUUGUUUUUGAUCUUGCCAGUAGAGAAUAACAUAGCACUGACCUUAUUUACAAAUAGUAAUGUAUAGCAACAGACUGUGCUUAUUUCAAUGCAUUAUCCACUGCAUUAUCUUUUAAGCUAGUGGGUCUGACUUGGUGUGGAGGAGUCUUGAAGUGAACUCAAGUAUUUUGAUAUUUUGUUCAUAUGUUUUAAAAAAAACUGUCGGAAUGAGCUUGUUUUCAUACAUUGUGGACCUUGUGCAGCAUUAAUCUACAUUAUGGUACACCCAUUUCACUAAACAAUGAUAUGUGACAUUUUCACAGCCUUUGAUAUCGCUAUACCUGUGGUAGAUUUCUUUGUUUUACAAAAGUCAUGUCAUUGCUUUGAAAAGGUUGGGAACUACUGGUGGCAAGCAACCAGUAAUUAUGUUAAUAUUCCCUCUAUGUAACCUUUUAUUGUUGAUAAUUUUGUACUUAAUUCCUUUACUUUUUGACUGUUAGUUUUAUUUAUUGUUUUCCAGUCUUAGAUUUUUAUAA